AUGUCUGACUUGGAGAAAAAGAGAGACCCCGAUAUGGGGAUCCUGCCUCAAACAACCCAUUUUAGUGAAUUCGACACGGGCCAGCAUGACGUUUUCGUGGUCCAGGAAGAAGGCCCUGAUUUCCGUGGUGUCACCUGUUUUGGUGCUGCUGUGUUGAUAGCCAAGGCCCAGUUUGGUCUUGGUGUGCUUGGAAUCCCUCAAACCUUCCUGGCCCUCGGCAUUGUUCCCGGCUUGAUUUGUCUCAUCUGUCUUUGUUGCUUGAGUACAUGGACAGGCUACAUAGUGGGGCAGUUUCGUCUCCACCACCCGCAGGUCUACAGUAUUGGCGACGCGGCUGAAAUCAUGUUUGGAAGACCUGGAAGGGAGAUCAUGGGAGGCGCUUUUUGGCUCUACUAUGCUCUUGUUUACGGCGCUUCGCUUUUGACCUUGUCCAUUGCAUUCAACACCUUGAGUGAACAUGCCAUCUGCACCACCAUCUGGGUGGCUGUUUUUGCAGCCGUGACUUUUGUGAUCGGCACCGUCACCAGAACAAUGAAGGUCAUGUCGUGGUGCGGCUACGUUGCCUUGGCCUCUGUCUUUAUCAGUUCGUGGAUCGUCGCUAUUGCUUGUCUUACGCAAAGUGUGCCUGAAGCUGCUCCUAAAGACGGUCCUAUCGAUAAGGCCAUCACGGCUGUUGCUACAGGAAAGCCAUUCUCCGCAAUUGCCAGUGCCAUUGCCGUGCAGCUUUUAAGUCUUUGUGGUACCGCCGCAUACUUCAACAUCCACUCGGAAAUGAGAGACCACUCCCAGUACAACAAGUCCUUGUUUCUCGGCCAGGGUUUCGUGAUUGUCAACUACAUCAUUCUCGCAUGCAUGAUUUACGGAAAAGUGGGUGUCUACGUGACAUCGCCUGCUUUGGGGUCGGCUGGUCCGCUCUUUAAGAAAAUCGGCUACGGUGUGGCGCUUCCUGGUUUGCUUUUCUCCAGUUUCUUCCAUGCCCAUCUUGCUGGAAAAUACGGUUUGGUUAGGCUCCUCAGAGGCACGGUCCAUCUACAGAAAAACACCUUGACCCACUGGUUCACCUGGCUCACCAUGAUGGUGAUUGUGAUUCUCUUUGGUUUCGUCAUUGCCAGUGCCAUUCCUUUUUUCGACGACUUGUUGGCGCUUAUGGCUUCUUUGAUUGGCCUGAGCUUCACGCUUAUCAUUCCUGGCUUUUUGGCCAUGUACGAAAUGAGCAAGUUUGUCAAGUCUCCAGAAGACGGCACUUUGGCUUGGUUGAGCAAUUGCAAGAGCAAGUGGAACAAGAACUGGGUGAAUACGGUCACGACGUGUGUGGCUAUUUUGGCUGUGUGUCUUGGAAUUUUCAUCCUUGGGGCUGGUACCUACGGAGCUGUCCAGUCGAUUAUCGACAACUACCGGGACGGUGUGAUUUCUGGCGCUUUCUCGUGUGAGGACAACAGCGGCUGA